UUUCUUCGGUUACACCGCCUUCUCUCGUCUACCUUGAUGCCUGAGCCCGUUCUCCCCCCAAAGUAAUCAAUCUGACUCUCUCUCUUUCUCUCUCUUUCCCACCCACGAGUUCGUGACCCAAAAACAAAGACAACGACAAUAUAAAAAAAAGCCCUAUUUUUGCCUUGCCUUGCCUUGCCUUGCCUUGCAUCUGCUUCUUCGAAUACCUCAUUCACAAUCAUCGUCAUCAUCUUCAUCAAUCUUAUAAACCAACCAGAGACGAGGCCGCUUCUUCAUUUUCAAUUCCAAUUCCGAUUCAUUGUCAGGCCUCACACUGUAGCUGAGUUUCACAUAUUUUCUUCCCGAAUAAGCAACCUAUAUUGCAGUGUCCCCUAUGCCCUUCUUGUGAGCACUUGCCACAGACACUGAUAAAGGGAUAAGCUAUAGGAAGAUGGCUUACUAUGGAGAUGAGGAAGAAAGCCAGGAUUAUCUUUUCAAAAUUGUUCUGAUUGGUGACUCUGCUGUUGGCAAAUCAAAUCUACUCGCCAGAUUUGCUCGGAAUGAGUUCUAUCCAAACUCAAAGUCAACUAUUGGAGUUGAAUUUCAAACUCAGAAGAUGGACAUUGAUGGGAGGGAAAUCAAAGCUCAGAUUUGGGACACUGCAGGACAGGAGCGUUUCAGAGCUGUGACAUCUGCAUACUACAGGGGAGCUGUUGGAGCGCUGGUGGUGUAUGAUAUCAGCAGGCGGCAGACAUUUGAUAGUGUUGGCCGGUGGCUUAAUGAACUUCACACUCACUCUGAUAUGAAUGUUGUGACUAUUCUGGUGGGCAACAAAACUGACCUUGAGGAGGCCAGGGAGGUUAGCACUGCAGAGGGGAAAUUACUAGCUGAGGCUCAAGGCCUCUUCUUCAUGGAAACCUCGGCAUUGGACUCGUCCAAUGUUAAAGCAGCCUUUGAGACAGUUGUUAAAGAGAUCUAUGAUAUAUUGAGGAGGAAGGUCUUCCAAUCCCAAGAGCACAAGAAGCUUGAAAGCUCGUCACUGGGGAAUGGCAGGACAGUGGUUUUGCAAGGGGGCACAGGUGAAACAGAUGACAAGGCCGCUAGAAACUGGUGUUGUUCUUCAUCUUAGGAAUAUUGUAGUCCUUUACUUUUCCUUUUCUUCUGCUGUUUAUGUUUCUCAUCCUCUAGUUUGUUCCUUGUGUUUGUAAAGGAAUAUUUAUUUUCAGAUAUAUGUGUUGAUGAUAAAUUUUGUUAUUUUGGGCUGGAAGGAAGGUUAGGGAUGAUUGGAAAUUUGGAAUAGGAAAACCAUCAGUAAAAGAAAAGUCAGAUAUAUGUCUUGUAGCUUUACUUUACUAUAUAUGAGAGCUCGCUCUUAAACUUGAAGUCCAUGUGUU